AUUUAACUCACAUGAACGUGUUUGUAUAUUUUUUAUUUUUCAUUUUUUUUCCAAUGAUUAUAUCCCAAAAUGGAUAAUGAAAUCGAAGGUAUUACUGUGAUAUUUCCAUUUAAACCAUAUGAUAUACAAAUUGAUUAUAUGCGUUCUGUCAUUAAAGCAUUGAAUAGUCGACAAAAUGCAUUACUCGAAAGUCCUACUGGUACUGGUAAAACAUUAUCAUUACUUUGUUCUACACUUGCUUGGCUUGAGAAUCAAAAAUUUAAAGAACUAGAUUCUCAACUAAUUGGAAAUGGUGCGCCUAAAAAUAUUGUAUUUUCCGAUGAUUUGAUCAUAUCUGAUGAUAAUGGAAGCAAAAAAGAAAAGAAUAAAUGGAAAAAAACUUGGAAACAAGAUAAUCCAUUAAGAAUUAUUUAUAGUUCUCGUACACAUUCUCAAUUGAAUCAGGCUUCAAAUGAAUUGAAAAAUUGUUAUUACCAAUUUUGUCCCAGUGUUACAAUUGGAUCACGUGAUCAAUUAUGUAUUAAUCCUGAUGUGAUGAAACUUGAAAAUAUUACGGCUAAAAAUCAAAUCUGUCGUCAUAAGGUCAAGUAUGAUCUUUGUUCAUAUCAUCAUAAUUAUAAACGUAUAGUUUCUGAUCUAAGUUUUUGUGGCUCAAAAAUUUAUGAUAUUGAAGAUUUAAUUGCAUUUGGUAAUGAACAUAAAUCAUGCCCUUACUAUAUGUCUAAAGAAUUGGCCGAUUACAAUACUGCCUUAACAUUUAUGCCUUACAAUUAUAUAUUGGAUCCAUCAAUUCGAAAAACAUUGAAAUUAAAUAUCAAGAAUACGAUUAUCAUUUUUGAUGAAGGCCAUAAUAUUGAACGUGUUUGUGAAGAUAGUAUGUCUACUGAAUUAAAAUCUGAAAUGUUGGCAUUGUUUCUUCGUUCAUUCGAUAUUGUAUUAAAAUCAUUAAAAGAAUUGAAUGAUGGUACAUAUGAAGGCAUUAAUGAUAAAGAAUUAUCCGAUUUAGAUAUACACGAUGUUGCUAAAGUUAAAUUGAUCAUUUCGAAUCUUGAACAAGAAUUGGAUCAUUUGGUAAACAAAGAUAAACAUAAGAAAGAUGCACAUGAUACUCAAGAAAUUUUCAAUAUUUUAAAUGAAGUUAAUUUGACUUAUGAAAAUAUUAAACUAGUCUCUAAUACUUGUGAAAAAAUUAGUGCUGUUGUAAUGAGUUCCACACCGGGAUUCAUGUCCAAUCAAUCGAUUGCUGCAUUGGGUGCAGUUUGUUCAUUUCUUGAAAUUGUUCAACCAUUCACACAGAUUGAAGAAGGAGAAUCAAUGUCGUCGAAAAAACGUGAAUUUGUUAAAAAUUAUAAAUUAUACACUGAAAUCGAUCGUGAAAAUGGUUAUCAAAAAACAUGGUUAACUCAUUCUGUUCCAAAUAACUGGACCGUUUACUUAUGGUGUAUGAGUCCAAGUGUUGCAAUUCAAUCAUUGAAACGAGAAGGAAUAUACAAUUUGAUUAUAACCAGCGGUACAUUGGCACCACUUGAAUCAUUUGAAAUGGAAAUGGGUAUUCCGUUUCAUGUGAAACUACAAAAUUCUCAUGUAAUAUUAAGUGAUCAAUUAUCAAUACAAGUGGUGGCCAAAGAUCCGAAUGGCAAUUUACUUUGUGGUUCAUAUGAUAAACGUAAUGAUAUAAAAUUUACUUCUGGUCUUGGUUUGACCAUUCUGGAAUUUGCCAAAAAAGUUCCAAAAGGCAUUUUCAUUUUUUUCUCAUCAUAUUCAUUGAUCAAUCAAUGUAUUGAUGUAUGGAAAUCAUCGAUGGGAUUUAAUCUGUGGGCAUCGCUUUCUUCAGUGAAAAAAAUUUUCGUCGAACCAAGAAACAAACGAGAAUUCAAUCCAAUGAUAGAACAAUUUAAAUAUGCAUGCGAUGAAACACCAGAAGGUGCUAUUUUUAUGGGCGUUUCACGUGGUAAACUUUCGGAAGGCAUGGAUUUAGGCGAUGAUUAUUGUCGUGCCGUAAUGAUAAUAAGCUUGCCCUAUCCAGCCAAAUAUGAUCCUAAAGUUGUACUUAAAGAACAAUAUCUAAAUGAAAACAAAUGCCGACUUAGUGGCUCCCAAUGGUAUAUGCUACAAAUGAAACGAGCAUUAAAUCAAUCGGUAGGCAGAGUUAUUCGCCAUAAAAAUGACUAUGGUAUGAUCGUUUUAUGUGAUAGCCGUUUUCAAUCAUUAAGAGAAGGAUUCUCACGAUGGAUAAUUCCAUUCUUUAAACGUGAAAAUGCAUCAUUAACUUUUCCACAACGAAUUCAACAGAUUGAUUCUUUUUUCAAAAGAUCAACCAAUGUACAUAGAGAUAUAGAGAACAAAAAUUCCAAACCUUUACGGUUACCACCACUACCUCAAAGUGAAUCUAAAAUUGAACAAUCAAAUCAUCAAGAUGAUAAUGAAAUUCAAGCUAUUUUCAACAAUUUGGCUUCAGAUUAUACAAAAAUUAAAGAUAAAUUUCCUGCCAAACCAAAAAUAGAACAACAAAACGAUAAAUUAAGUAUAUUUGAUUCAUUUGGAGAGAAACAAAUCAUACCAAAACGCAAACAAUAUUUAACUGGUGAAUAUUAUAACAAGAAAAUCCGGCCAGUUUCCGAAGAAAAUGCCCCAAACGAAAACAAAACCGACGAUGAUUCAUCAUCAAAACAAAAAAGAUCCAUUUCUGAUCGUACUUCUGCAUAUUUUGAAAAGCUUCCAAUUGAAACCCCGAUGGAAUCGAACAAAGAAUCAAUUAAAUCGAUAAAAUUACCAAAUAUUUUUGAUUUAAAUUGUGCUGACAUAAUCGACAUAAAGAAAACAAUUUUAAAAAGUGAACAAAAUAUUCAAGCUUUUGAAUCGAUUAUAAAACAAAUAAUCAAUCAACCAAGUAAAUGUCGACAAUUGUGUGAAACAUUAAAAGUAUAUGGAAAGAAACAGAAUACAGUUUAUUUAGCAAUGCGAUUGAAUUUCAUUCUUGCAGAUAUUCGUAAUGAGAAACGAAAUUUCAUUUUAAAAGAUUUUUCCAUCAUAAUUCCGGAAAAGGAAAGAAAACUUUUUCUUCAAACAUGCAAUGUGAAAGCAAUUUAGCAAUGUUGAAUGUUUUGCAAUCAAUUUAUUUUAUCUUUUAAAACUUGAUAAAACAAUAAUAAACGAAUUUGAGUCAACAACAAA